CUUCGUUACCCCUAGUGGCGAACUCCUGGUGACACAGCAAUUUGUAGGGUCAAAUGUGCUCACUUCCAUGCUUUGACCGCUAAUAGCUUUCGUUAACUACUUUUCCGGCAGUGAUAACUCAAGCUCAUAUUAAGUUUGUGUACUUCAUCUUAUUUUUCUCGUUUUUUUAUAGAGCCUUGUCGAUCUUCUAUUUUAAAAAUCCAAAUUCAAUUCGCCUCUGCAAUGUGCGAUUAAUUUACUAUUGGCUCAAGCUGUGGUUCACACGUGAAGACGACAAAUUGAGGCUUAAACGAUCAGAUUUCCAUGAAAUGGACCUUAUAUAUGUAACCCACUUAGAAUCAUAGUUCUCAAUCAGUUCUAAAAAUAAUUUGGAAUUCAAAAAUUGGAAAUGAACACUGGAGACACACCAAUUUUUCAUGGCAAACAGAAAAGUGACCAGAAAGAAUCAUCUGGUGAUCUCCCAUCAUCUUAUCUUUCAGAUAUCCCUUGUACUACAAGUGUUUGUGAUGAUGAUACAGCUUCUGAAAAAAAGCAGGUGAUUCUUUCCAUUGCCUGGUGGUGUGGAAAACUGGGAGCUGCCUAUUAUGACAUUGAGUCCCAUGAGCUCCAUGUAAUUCCAGAUGUGGUGGAAAGUUCCUCAGAUGCAUCUGUAUUGCAGGGAUUAUUUUUCCAGUUGCAACCACACACUCUCAUUGUCAAACAUAAUUUGGAAGAAAAGCAAAUGGCUAAGAUUUUCCAGUUAUUGGAAGGUGAAUCUCCAGAACUUCUAAAGAGAAGCCCUGCCAAACAAGUGCAAAAGAGUUAUCAACUUUCAGGGACUAAAACUACUGCAACCAUACAAUUCAAGAGAAAUGACAAAGAUUCAUGCCAUCUCUAUGUUGUCCCUAGUUCUUUCUACAACACCGAAGCUGCUACUCGUAGGUUACGAGCAUUACGGCUAGGAAUUACGCCAGAUGACAUGACCGAAAUGGAGCGCUGGUUACAUCUGAAAAGCUUGUUUCCCUUUGACAAUCCAGCUUUGUUACAAGCCACUGGUGCGUUACUGAAAGUACUGGAACAAUGGCAGAGAGGUCAAGAUGUUGACCGCCUGAACGAAGCAAGCAUAGACAAUAUGAGCUUGAAAAUUCUUUCUAUUCGAACAUGCCGUGUUGAUGAUUUGUUAUGGAUGGACCAGUCAACAUUUCUUAGUUUGAAAAUCUUCUCGCAAGAAUCACAUCCGUCGGCAUUCAAGAAAGGACAUUCACAGAGCGCAAAAGAAGGGCUUAGUCUUUUUGGAAUUGCUUCGAAAUGUUAUUCCACACCCGGAUCUAUGUGCCUUAAGGAACUAUUCAAGCGCCCCACGCGCAGUAUCGAAACGCUUAGGGAGCGUUACAGUGUAAUACGGUUUUGUGUGGAAGCGUCUAACAUAGAAGUAGUCCACAGUUUUGUUGGCAUCUUGAAAAACGUCACCGAUAUCAAGGUCCCCCUUUCAAACAUCGCAACAAUGCGAGGAACUUCGAAUGAUUGGAAAAGGCUACAAAUAACUGCUAAAAAUUUGAUAGCCUUGGCCGAUCAAUGCAAGGCUCUUCCACAACAAAUCCGUCUCUUUCGCGAUUUAGCAGAAAGUGAACGAUCAAGUAAAUGGUACCAUGUAGUUAACGUCAUUCAUCGGUUAAUUAAUUUUCAAGAAUCGAGACGCGCGGGACGGUGUGUUGUCAACUCAGGAGUUGAUGAGGAUCUCGAUAAACUGAAACGAGACCAUGGCAACAUGCAACAAAUUUACACAGAAACCGUUAAUCUUGAAAUGGAAAAUUUACCCCCAUUUGUCGAACAGGGCGUAAUCGAAUUUUUACCUCAUGUUGGCCAUUGUUUGUGCCUUCGUUCUUGGCUGCCAGAAGGUAAGCCUAUGACGGCUGAUGCUGUUAGUAUAGCAGGACUGGAGCUGAAAUUUUUUACAAAGGAAAAUGUUUACUUCAAAAGCCAACGUUGUAUAGAACUGGACGAAAUGUUCGGAGAUUUUGCGGCAGCAAUCGUAGCACACGAAAUGUCGGUAAUAUUUUCGGCCUCUAAAGUUGUUCUCCAAUAUUACGACGCACUGACUGAAGGAAUCGAACUGGCUGCAUAUCUAGACGCGCUUCUUAGCUUAUCAGUGUUGAGUUCAGAAUUUGAAAUGAUUGAGCCAGAGCUUGUUGAGAGCAGUAAUUCAUGUGUCCACAUUGAAAACGGAAGACAUAUUUUAUUGCAGCUUGUGGCGGAUCGAUUCAAUCCCAAUUCGACAUAUCUCGGUGGAGAGGGCGAAGAUGCCAAACGCAUAAAUAUUAUUUCGGGUCCUAACUCUAGCGGCAAAUCAGUUUUUUUAAAGCAAACUGCAUUAAUUGUUUAUUUGGCUCAAAUUGGAUGCUUUGUACCAGCUCAACGUGCUUUGUUAACACCCAUGAAACAUAUCUUCGUUGUCUGUCAUGCUCCAGAAACGAUUGCCACAUCGCUGUCAUACUUCGGUGUUGAGCUUUCUAUGAUGUCCAUGGCCUGCAGGACCGCGACAAGUCAUUCUUUGAUAAUUUUGGAUGAAUUUGGCAUAGGGUCUUCUCACGUGGAUGGUUCCGCGUUAUUCAUUUCCUGUAUGGAAUAUUGGAUGAAACAAGAAGAAAGGAGUCCCCUUCUACUUGUUGCAACACACUUGCAUAGUGCUGUCCAACACUUGUCACGACAUACAAAUGCCUUACGAAAAACUCGUUUCAUGUCCAUGGGGUACUUCCUGGAUGAGGAACAACUUGUUUUUCUGUAUGAGCUUACUGAAGAUUUGUGCACAAAUAGUUUCCCAUUGAGCGUGGCGUACGCUUCUGGAUUACCUGAUUUCGUCAUUAAAAGGGCUCAAGAAGUACUAAAAGAAGUUGAUAAUGUUGGCAGUUUGUUGCCUAACCGCGUAAUAUGGAACGAAGUCAAAUGCACCAGUUUACGCAAGAGCGCUGAAUUAUUCUUCAUGACUGACCCUUGGAAUAUUGAGGCAUUAAAACAAUUUACAAGACGAAGCAUUCUUGGUCGCUGGGGUUCCCAUUCGCAGUAGGAUGCCCAUCAGUUCUUACAUGGAUUCCAAAUAGACGAUCAUGAAAGUGUAUUCGCUAUUACGCGUCUAGCGCGAGACCAUUUAAAAAUAAUGUUCGAAAAUGAA